ACCCGUAUGUACUCGCAGCUCGCUGUCCGGGACACGGUGGAAACAUGUCGGGAAUGAGAGAGCUCAGUGGGGGAACUGCGUUUCUGAAAGGCACACCCGAGACCUAAACAGCACGGUAAAUAGUCAAGACGGAGGGUGGCGUUUUUAUGCGAGGUUAGAGCAACUGCCUGGGGCUGCGUUACUAUUUCACGGAAGCGAGCCAGUCGGUGUCGAAUGGACGGUUAGAAACCAACUGCCGGGGCUUGACACGAAGAAGUAGCCUAGCAGGUAGGCGGCCGGGUCGGGGGAAAGAGAGGCGGAACAGCGUGAGCGGGCUCAAAUCAAGACGGGGCCGCUCCUAACCGGGGGAUGUUAUCCGUACUGUCUUAUGGCAGACUGGUAGCCAGGGCUGUCCUGGGCGGACUCUCUCAGACGGACGGUCGGGACUACAGCCUGAUCACCGCCAGCUAUGGUUACGGUAAAGACUUUCGCAAGGGGAUCCUGAAGAAAGGGAUGUGCUAUGGGGACGAUGCCUGCUUCAUAGCGCGGAACAGGACCGCCGAUGUGUUGGGUGUAGCAGAUGGCGUCGGUGGUUGGCGCGAUUAUGGUGUUGACCCGUCUCAGUUCUCUGCCACCUUAAUGAGAACCUGUGAGCGACUGGUGAAGGAGGGACGCUUCACUCCCAGUUAUCCAGUGGGCAUCCUGACCUCUGGCUACUACGAGCUUCUACAGAACAAAGUUCCCCUGCUAGGGAGCAGCACUGCCUGUAUUGUGGUUCUGGAUCGGCGGAGUCACCGGUUACACACGUGUAACCUUGGUGACUCGGGUUUCCUGGUGGUUCGGGGAGGAGAGGUGGUUCAUCGCUCGGACGAGCAACAGCACUAUUUUAACACACCCUUCCAGCUGUCCAUCGCUCCUCCGGGAGCCGAAGGGGUGGUGCUCAGUGACAGUCCUGAAGCAGCUGACAGCUCCUCCUUCGACGUGCAGCUUGGUGACAUCAUUCUUACAGCAACCGAUGGCCUCUUUGACAACAUGCCAGACUACAUGAUUCUUCAGGAGCUCAAAAAACUCAAGACUACCAACUAUGACAGCAUCCUGCAGACUGCACAGAGCAUUGCAAAGCAAGCUCACGACCUUGCCUAUGACCCAAACUAUAUGUCUCCUUUUGCACAGUUUGCCUGUGACAAUGGCCUGAAUGUAAGAGGAGGGAAGCCAGAUGAUAUCACGGUGCUGCUGUCCAUUGUGGCUGAAUAUACAGACUAAAAGUGCGUUUGUGUGCGUUUGUAUAUGCGCGAGUGUGUGUGCUUCUUUGGGGCUGAUCCUUCCUUCCCAUCUGCCUGAGUCUUCCACCUGCAGCCCUCCCCAAAUGCACUGCGUCCUGUGGGCCAAUUGGAGAGGCCCACCAACACGACACACUCCUUGCUGCGGGACUGGCGUCCAUCCGUGUAACACUUUGUUUUCUUCCUCCGUUUUGUUUUGGUGCUUGAACGGUUGAGGGGAAGCAGGCAGCUAGACAGACAUAUUCAUGUUGAUCAUGAUGCGGGAAGAGCCGAGUACAAUGGGCUGAGGGAUGCCUCUCAGUCUCCCAUGUCUCACUGUGUGGCAUCAACACUUUUUAGGUGAUGUGAUGAAGAGACAGUCCAUAACAGUUUGGAUUAACUAGGCGUUUUAAAAUCUGGCAGCCCUUGUGUAUAAAAAGCGAUAUUAUAGGAGGAGUAAGCCAUGGUUUUGGAUUGUUAGAGUAGUGAUAGAGUUGACUAAACUGUGUCUGUUGUCCCAGUUGUUAAUCUGCACCAUGUCGUAAACGUGUUUGAACAAAGCGUAUAGAUGGACCGAGGAAGCUGACGUUGGGAGUGGAUGGGCGUUAAUGGAGAACUAAAAAUAAGAGUUGGAUUUAGGAAUGUUUAACCAUGGAAGAGCUAACUAGUAAUUGGUGCAGAUAAAAGAAAUCUGUAAAGAGAACCCGUAAGACUUGUAAGAGCUCACAUGUGAUGGUUAAUCAGAUUUUGUCACUUGGCUGAGGGAUCUGUCGGAGCGCACAUCCUGAUAAGAUGUAAAUAUUUCUGUGUUUUCAGGGCUACAUUCUGGCCUUCCUGUUGUCUUUGCUUUGUUGGUUAAAGCAAAGAGCUAUUUCGUUACUGUUGUGGAGGAUGUACACAUGCAUUCAUAAAUAUAUUUUUCUUGUAUAGAUGUUAAUCUUGAAGUGAGCUUUAUCAAUUCUGCACUUCCACUCGCUGAAAUGAACAAGAUGACAUUUGCUGAGAUUGAUUGCAACAGUUGUGUGGUAGGAAGGAUGUUUAAAAAAUGUGUGUGUGUGUGUGUGUGUGUGUGUGUGUGUGUGUGUGUGUGUGUGUGUGUGUGUGUGCGCGUGUGUGUGGAGCAGAUGUUAGAGGUUGUUUUUGGAAUGUGUGGUGUGUUCAAUGUUAAUAUUUGUUAUCUCACAAAGCUAAAGCUAGCAUCUGGGAAUGCUUAAAUUGCAAUGAUAGGUCAGGCAUGAAUUUAAAGGAAAAGAUGUAUUUUUUUAAUGUUAUUUAGUUUUCAGAGAAAGAGUUUGAAGUGUCUGCUGACAUGAUGUGUGAUGGAUGACAAAAAGAUCCAGCUAUCUUAAAAAGAAAUGUGUGUGUGUGUAAUUGUAAGAGAGAGUGAGUGUGUGUCAGAUUUCAGUUUUUUUUUUUUCUCAGUUCCUUAUUUCCCUUUACAUUUGUUUGCUGCUUCUUUUGUAAUUCCAAUGUCUGUACAUGACUUGACAUGAUUUAUUUGAACAUGGUCAUCAUGAUUGUAAUGAGUGUGCGUAAGUGUUUGUUUGUGUGCUGGAUUUCAUCCAAUUACAAUAAUCAAAGACAUGAUAGUCUGUCCCUUUGUCUAACAGCUCACCCAAGUGGUUUGGACAAUGUCUUUACAGUUUAAAAAGCAGGUGCACCAAAGACACAUUUUCUUUGUGUAUGUCAUUAUGCUUUGUUGUUAUAAACAUCAUACAGCAAUACUGUAAAUUCCUUGUGCUCUGAGUCUAGCGUGAUGGCAAGAGGUGUGGGUGGAAAUGUUCCGAGGAACACUGAAAUGUCUUUUCUAUGCCUAAAGUUGUUUGCGAACAAAGGUUGUAUCAUAUUCUUGGUAUAAAUCAUAUGUGACUGAUGUAUUAGACAGGUUUAUAAACCAAAGAAGGAAAGCCAUAUAUAAAUACAUGAUUAAUCUGUAAGCCGAGUUGUAAAGGUAACACUGUGUUGGUGGAGACCAAUAUUGUCAUUGUGUUGUUCUUUUAACAGUCAUGGUAGAAAUUCUACAGUUGCUGCCAUAGUUGAAUCCACUGGUCCUGCACAUGUCUUGCAUUAGUAAGCGGGGUUCUACAAAUAAUUCAUGUAUGUGGUGGAUCAGCAGGACAACAAAUAGCCACAUUUUACAUGAAUCCAAAUUAGACUGAUCUUUUCUUCCUCAUAUACAUAAUGGCAGUUGUUGUUGGUUUCUGUCUGAGCUUUCUGCGCCAUUUUUUUUCAAAGUUCAUUUCACACAGUUGUAGUCUGUUCUUGUCUUAAGCAUGGUUUGUGUACAAAGGUUCUGAACUUCUAUUUAUUUCAAAGAUAGCUCCCUAUUUGACAGGGAGAUGUAACUCAUAUGCAGAGGGAGGGGUAGUGAGAUGGGUAAUGGUGCUGUGAACUUACGGUAUGAGGGUGAGCACAGUUUCAGCCUUAACAAAUAGCUAUUCCCGUAAUCAAGAGGCCUUUCCUGUCAUUGCAAGCUUGUCUCGUCUCGGUCACGCUGCCCAGUGUUUGAUGUAAAUGAAGUCUGCCCCAUUCUUUCUCUCCUGUAAAGUCGUUCUCAAAGGUGCUUCUGCAGUCUGUAUGGUAUGAUUGUCCUCUUUCCAGAAAGCGAUGUUUGUGCGUAUGAAAGACACACCUAUGUCAGUGUAUAUAGAGUGUAACAAUGCAGGUCUAAUUUAUGUAAAUAUGUUUUAAAAUAUGUACAAUAUUUAAAUAAAGAAUCUAGUAUUUAUACUAAA